AUGAAUGAAGGCACAGACCCCAAGCAUGGACUCGAGGCACUAAACAAAUUCACCUCAGGUCGCUGGCUCUGGAAUGAAAAACGGCAACUUGCUUAUCGAUAUGUUAAGUUCGAUCUCUCCGCACUUUUACAAAUAGCUUCCUCUGCCGUUGGAUCAAAGUCAUGCACUCAAGUAUUGAAGAUAUCGGAGGGCCAAUACAAUAAGGUCUUCCAAAUAACCAUGGACGAUGGACACGAAAUUAUAGCGAAGCUCCCAAACCCCAAUGCAGGAAGGCCACAUUUCACGACAGUUAGUGAGGUUGCAACUAUGGAUUUUCUGCCCGUUCUUCGAGUCUACACAUGGAGCUCCCGAACAUCGGAAAACCCUCUCGGGGCAGAGUACAUUAUCAUGGAGAAACAGGCCGGUGUGGUCCUGACAGAUGUAUGGGAUAGCCUCAAAGGGAGGCAGAAGGCCCAAGUCCUGGAUCAGAUAGUUGAUAUCCAACGGCGCCUAGCAGGUGCGAGAAUCGCCAGAUUCGGGUCACUGUACUAUGUGAUUGACAUUCCCGACAAUGCUGGCCCAGAUUCCUCUCUAUACUUUGACUUAGCUGGGAACGAACUGCGGAGCAAAAGGUUCUGUAUUGGACCAACCAAUCAUCGCUCGUUCUUUGACUUUGGGAGAGGCGAACUGGAUAUCGACCGGGGCCCAUGGUCAACAGUCACUGAAGUGAUAGCGGCGAUUGCCGAAAAGGAAAUUGCUACUGCCAAAGCAGGUAUUCGGUAUCUAUUGAUGCCGGAAGGUCUUUUCCAUGGGCCCCGGCAAUACCAACCUAGCAUUUCCAAGAAACUGCCGGCGUUGGAAAACUAUCUCAAGGUAGCGCCACAUGUUAUGCCGGAAAAUCAAGCUACACAUGCAUCAGUUAUAUGGCAUGGAGAUCUCCAUUCGCAGAACAUAUUUGUCAACCCCGAAGAACCAAGCCAGAUUCUUGGGAUUAUCGACUGGCAGUCAUCCAGUGUGCAUCCGCUUUUUAUGCAGGUUGGGCGCCCUGCGUUUCUCGAUUACAACGGCCCAGUUCCUAAGGAUCUGGGAAAAAUUCCCCUACCGUCAAAUAUUGAUCAGAUGGAUGCAGAUGAACAGCGCAAGGGAAGGGAACUUCAGAGAGCGCAAACUCUGCACAAUCUUUAUCUAGUUCGAUGUCUUCAGGCCGAUGAAACCGUCUUCCAAGCUUUACAGAACCAGAGUACCCUCCGGCAUCAAGUCAGUGUGGUUCCCGGCUUGGUUUUGAUGGAUUACGAGCCGCUCCUGAACAGCUUAUUGAGAGAUGUCCAGAAGGAAUGGGCGCAAAUCGUCGGUAUAGGGGAUGAUGGCAGUUCUCCUCGCACACCAUGUCCAUUGCAAUUCUCAGCCGAAGAGGUUCAGCAGCAAGAAGAAGAUGGUGAACUGUGGGCCCAAGGGAUUGCGCUCAUGGAUACAUUUAUAGCUGACACUGGCUGCUUCAAACAUUGGGAUGGUAGGGUCGAUGAGAUAGACUGUGAGUGA